GGAGGAAGGAGGAGGAAGGGGGGGGCGGCGCAGGCGCAGCUGAGGCGGCGGCGGCGGCGGCGGCGGGACGGGCCCGGCGAUCGCUCCGCGCUCCGUCCGCGCCCCCCUCGGGGCCUCUUCCCCUCCCCUCCCCUCCUUCACUCCCCUCACAAACAACCGAGCGCCUCGUCCUCCCCCCCUCGAAGCUCCCCGCGGGCUCCGCCUCUUCCUUCCCUCCCUCCCUCUCCCCGUCCCCGCCCCGCGCGGCCUCCCCUGAAGGCCCGGCCCGGCCUCGCGCUCCGGCCUCCGCGCCGCCGCUUCAGCGCGCCCGCGGCUUCCGCUUCCCCCCCUCCCUCCUCCCUCACCCCCUCCCUCCCCUUUUCCCCCCCCUUUCCCUUCCCCUCACGCCGGACCCGCCAUGGACGUGAAGCGGCUGAAGGUGACCGAGCUGCGGGCCGAGCUGGGCCGGCGCGGGCUGGACGCCCGCGGGCUGAAGGUGGAGCUGGCGCAGCGGCUGCAGGAGGCCCUGGACGCCGAGAUGUUGGCGGCGGGGCCUGAGGAAGGCGGCGGCGGAGGAGGAGGAGGAGGAGGGGGAGGCCCGGCCGCCGCGCCCGGGGCCUGCGGAGGAGGAGGAGGAGCAGGAGAAGCGGGGCCGGCGGGAGGCCCGGCCGGGCGGCACCACCACGGAGGGGAGGAGGAGGAGGAAGAGGAGGAAGAGGAGGAGGAGGAGGAAGAAGAGGAGGAGGAGGACGAGGAAGCGCUGCUGGCCGACGAGGACGAGGCGGCCGCCGCGGCCCCCGAGGCGACCCCGGCCCAGUCCGGCCCCCCCGGGGAGGAGGAGGAGGAGGAGGAGGAGGAAGAGGAGGCGGCCCCGGCCGAGCCCGCGGGCCCGGAGCCGCCGCAGCUGCAGCCGCCGCAGGAGGAACCGGCGGCCGAGGCCGAACCCGGAGCGACCGAGGGAGGAGGAGGAGAAGGAGGCGGCGGCGUGAACGGGGCCGAGCGGCCGCCGGAAGAGGCGCCCAGCGGGGACGAGGCGGCCGCGGCCGAGGCCAAGGAGGAGGGAGCGCAGGCGG